GGUGGCCAUAGUAUGAUGGCGAGUAAAGAGAAGAUCACAGUUGACGGAAUAGUUCUGCCGGGUUUUAAACCACUUCUAGAAGGUGCCAGUCAACGCCUCAGAGACAUUGAAAACUUAUCUAUGAGGAAAGAUGAUGUUCUGAUCAGUUCCUAUCCCAAGUCAGGAAACCAUUGGCUGAAUGAAAUCGUCCCUCGUCUUUUGCAAGGAACAGUUGAGUCUUCCCAUAGGUUGAUAUACACUUUUCUAGAGUUCGUGUCCGAUCUACAGGAUCUAAAAUCAGUGCCUUCUCCUAGAGUCGUGACGUCACAUCUUCCAUAUCGAUUUCUGCCCAAAGAACACACACAAAACAACGGGAAAAUUAUCCAUAUUAUCCGGAACCCCAAAGACGUUGCCGUGUCCGCUUUUCAUCAUUACAUCACAGACCCAAACACUAAGAACUAUGUGCCUGCUGACUGGUCUGUGUUUUUGGAUGAGUUCUUGCAUGGAGAAUAUUUUUAUGGAAGCUGGUUCGAACGAGAAAAGGAGUGGGAAGAAGCAGCACUGCAACAACCAGAGAAUAUUUUGGUUCUUUACUAUGAAGAUCUGAAAAGGAAUGGCCUAGAAACGAUGACUCGCAUCUCUAGUUUUCUUGGACUGUCAUCCGAUCCUACUUUCCUACAAACUGUUUAUGAUGAAUGUUCCUUUGACGAAGUGCAGAAGCGGAGGAAGGGCACGGCUGAUGAAUUUAUUUUCAGAAAAGGUACAGUGGGUGAUUGGAAAUCACUUUUUAAUGUCGCUCAAAGAGAGAAAUUUGAUCUCAAAUUCGAGGAGAACAUGAAAGAUUCUAAGUUAAAAAUACAAAUUUUUUAGAAAUAUUUUAGAAAAUAUAAGUAUUACCAAUAUUAUAUUCCAGAGUGGAUGAACUGUCAUACAAAUUUUUGAAAAAUGAAAACGUCGUCAAAAACAUGCAAAAAAUGUUUGAUUUAUGCUUUGAUGCUGGAAAUGUACCAUAUAUUUGGUGUAAAGCUAUUAUAUGACCAAUUAUAAUUCUUUCAAAUUAUGGUGGAAGCAGUGUGGCAACGCACUUUGAAAACAUUAUGCACUUUGAAAAUUCCGUAUAUUGUCCUGGUGUAAUCGUAAUCCGUCGAUUGAAAAAGUCAGUGCUUCUCACAAAUGUCCACUAGAAACGAUCGUAUGUCGAACAAAGUUUUUCUUUGGAACCGGAAUCAAAAUACACCUGUAACCUUACAAAUUAGACUUCAAAAAUUAAACUUUUAUUUGAUUCUCUGAAUAUGACGCAUUUCUACUCAAACCUUCCAAGAUGCAGUUUGGAAUUAUCCGAAAGACUUCUUAUGUCAGAAACUUGAAACACAAUGGCUUGAAGACUUACAAAUUGUUUCCAAACUCCGAACUUAUAGUCUCCUCAAAACUAGUAUUUAUGGGCUGGAGCAGUACUUCAAUACUUACCUAUAUCUAUACGAUCAGUGAUGGAAAUUUUGGGUGUACCAUCGCUUCGAAUUGCAACUGGACGCUAAAGACAGAAUUUGGAAUUUUGCAACAAAAACGAAAUUGAAAACGAAAUACAUUUUUAUUUUACAUUGAAAAUUAUAAAAUAAUCUUCUUAUAGACAAAAUUGGAUUUAAUAAUUCAUAAAAUUUAUCAUGAGAUAACAUUCUUUUCAAAUAUUUUAUGUAAAUUUCCUAGUCAAACUACUACUUUUCUAUUUGAUGCUUUGAAAAACCCUUUAGAACUUCAC